GAGGGGAAGGCUGCCCGCUUUCACGUGCUGAUAGGCAGUACGCGGAGACGCGAGCGGCACGCACCCCGCCGCUCUCCUCGCAUCAGCAUCAUCGCACAGCAUCCCUGAGCAUCCCGCUCGUGCGCUGCGCUUGCUCCCUCCCUCGGUGCCAGCGGUACAGUGAGUGAGGGGGAGGCGGAGGAUCGGAGCUGCUCCUCUCUUUCCCCGAGACCCUCAGCAUCCUCAGCCUCGGUGUGCGCGACGAGGACCAGGGCGUAUAGGGGGUAUGUGAGACAUGCAGCGCGUGGCCCCAGUGACAUGUGCGCAGUGCCCGUGUGUGAAUCCAGCCCGCUGUCCGCGUCCGCGACUCGGAUGAGCCCCAGCGACGCCGGAGAAAGCAGCUUUCCUCCUUCUUCUUCCGCGGGAUUGUAAGUGGGACCGGCGGAGCGGAGGUCGUCAUGUCUGCGCUGCUCUGCUCAUUGAUAGGUAAGUUGGCAUUUUCGUUAUGAAGUGAAAUAUCAGUAUAUCCUGCUUCUGUUGCGUGUUCAACGAGCGCUGUGAGAAACGCGCUCGGGGAGGGGGGAGGGGGGGGAGGUCUGCUGUUGGACUGCGGAGCGGAUCAGUGGGACGAAGGUGGCUCGUGGUGACCGCGUUCGAAGGACAAUGUGACAAUGGAACCUCCCAUUCUCACCCAACCCCCUAUUUAUGUCCAAGCACCUCAUCCCCAUCCUCCUUUCUUAUCGAAACCUUCAUUAUCAUCCAAACCCCCAUUCUUACUGAAACCUCCAUUCCUGUCCAGCACCCAUCAAUUCAGAAGCACCUAUUUCUGCCCAAACACCCAUCAGUCUCAUUACCACCGAAACCCCCACUCGCAUCUAACCCCCCACUUCUCGUGCAAACACCCUCAAUUCCCAACCAGACUCCCAUUCCCAUCCCUUUGUCUGACUGUUAACCAUCCUCGGGGGCCACGCCGUGUCAAUCAGACUUCUGAAGCGCAAACAGACAUAGAGACUCAGUUAGAACCUUUCGCGGAUCCGCUACUUCCACGGUGAGAAAGGUGACAUUACUGAUUUGAAGUCCUUCAGUCGCGUGCAUGAUGAUGUCCCAUUGUGUCCAUUGUCUUUUGUGUACCCACUGUACCACAGGAGGGUGAUCGACGCUUUAUUCUCAACAAAACUACAACCGCGUGCGUUUUUUAAGGAAAAAAAAAAAAAAAAACAAAAAAAAACCCAUACUGCACCCGAGGUGCCGGACUCUUCUCUGGACACGCGGCGCCCGCUGCCGGACCUCGGGCUCAAACGUCGCGUGUCCUCCGCGUGCGCGCGCGCCCCCGAGACGCCGCUUUACCACGCACGAGAAAUGCGGGGAGAUAAAACCACGCAAUGAAGCGUUUCCUCCCGUAUGUUGCUGUCGCGCUGCCAGGGACGGAAAACGCACCACCGCGAAGAGUGUGUGUCCGUCAUCCUUCUGAGCCUGGUGCCGGUGCACACGCAGACGGAGAUGAAGCGCGUGGUCGGGGACAACGCUACCCUGCCCUGCCACCACUCCUUCUGGCAGGCUGACGCUCAGACGCUGGACAUCGAGUGGCUCCUGCAGAAGCCCAGCUCCAAGCAGAACGUGGUGAUCACGUAUUUUGGGGGCAGGGUGUACGAGGUGCGCGAGGGGGAGCCGUCCCGUCUCUCCUUCGCCGGAGACUACCUGAAAGGGGACGCCUCUCUUCUGAUCAGUGACCUGGCGCUGACCGACUCCGGGGAGUACUUCUGCAAGGUGAAGAGCGGUGGGAAGUACCACUGGAACACGGUACACCUCACGGUGCUGGUCAAGCCCUCGAAACCCCGGUGCUGGAUGGAGGGCCGUCUGCUCCAGGGCAGCGAUGUGAAGCUGAGCUGCAGGUCCGCCGACGGCUCGGACCCCAUCCGCUACCGAUGGGAACGCGUCCUGGACAAGGGCAAGAAUGUGGGCAAGCUGCCACCCCUGGCGCUCGUGGAUCUGAAGAACCCUGAGAUCGUCACUCUGAAGAACCUGACCCAGGAGAGCGCUGGGGUUUACCGCUGCACGGCCAGCAACGACGUGGGCGAGGAGAACUGCUUCAUCGAGGUCACCAUGCAGUAUGUGCGCGGCGUCGGUAUGGUGGCCGGUGCCGUGGUGGGCGUGUCCUUCGGCGUUCUCCUCAUCGUCCUCAUCGUCUGGAUGGUCUUCCGAAAGAAGGAGAAGAAGAAGUACGAGGAGGAGGAAACCCCCAAUGAGAUCAGGGAGGAUGCCGAGGCCCCUAAAGCGAAGCUGGUGAAGCCCAAUUCGCUGUCAUCGUCGCGGUCAGGCAGCUCUCGCUCGGGGACGUCCUCCACGCAGUCCAUGGUGGCGAGCAGCGGCCCCCGCGCGGCCCCCCACCGACCCUGUCUUCCUGCCGUGGCGGCGCUGCGGGAAAACGGACGGACGCCCAGUCUGCCCCCGUCCCCCCCGGCCUACACGAGGGCGCCGCCCAGGGCUCCCGAGGCCAGCCCCCCCAAGCUGAGUCCUGGAAACCUGGCGCGGAUGGGCGCCACCCCCGUCAUGAUCCCCGCCCAGACCAAGGCCUUCCAGACUGUGUAGGCUGGUGCCCCCCGGUGGCCCCGGACAGGAACUGCUUCCCGAUAUGAAACGAGACGAUAAAAUGCAACAAAGAGAACAAUGGAAAUCAUAUCGGAUAUAGCUAAAGGAGUUCACAUCGAAACAAACGUUUAAAUGAAUGCAUACUACUAAGGGAAAAUAUAAAAGUACUUGUUCCUCAUGAACAGAAAAGGAAAAUGAACUCAGAGGUAGAUCUUUCUGGGUCAUUUCUGAACGCGCAGGAAGAGUUUGGCCCGUGGAGGGGAUGGGGAUGGGAACGUGGAGGUGACAUAACUUCGGAGAAAAGCAUCAGACGGUGGAAGUGGGGAGGGCUCAAAGGUCAAACCGGGUGACAUGCCGGCGUCACCUUGCUGUUAAACACACCAGUUGUGAGAAGAUGUCGCUCUCGCUAACCCCCCACCAUCUCUCACCUUGCCUUCAGGGUCACGAAGAGCUGCAUAUCGGGCCGAUCGGAAGCUGCGAGGCUCCGCCCCCACUUCCAUCCCAAAAUUUCAGCUGGCGUUUAAUGGCAAAACCCCCUGUGUGUUUCCAGUGGCGAUUUUACCGCUCCGACCGCAUCAUCCGUCCCCGUUUGUCCGGCGCCGCGGACGGAAACGGAACGAUCGUCAUCUUGCGUUUGGCAUCGCAAACGACGGGCCAUAGGGUCCCACCCCGCUCCAUCUCAUAGGUUUGCGAUGAAGUAGAAACAAAGGCAGGGGGCUCCCGUCCUCGAGGCCUGUUCACCGAAAGGUGAGGGCGACGAACUCUGUCCUGAGUAAACUGAGAGGCGAAUGUUAAGUAUUGCGUUACGGGCAUAGCGGUAUAUUGCAGGAUGAGUGAGGAGCUUCAUUUGGACUCGGACUCUUGCAUUGCUGGUCGAAGCCUCAAACCGGCUGGAACCAGCACAGCGCUUCGCCCUUUGGACCGGAGUCCCACACCGUUCUCGCACUCCUCCUAAGCAUGAACGCAGCGAUGUGCCCCGGAGAGCCGCCGCUUCGCCGAGACCCCCAGCUGCCAGUAUGUAUCGACACUAUUAGCGAAGCCCCGCCCACCCUCGCUGAUUAGCAGCUGCGUGCGUACGCUUACCCCGAAUGCGUAGGAAGGGUUACCCUGACCGCAACAUGUAUCCUAAGUGUUUCACCGGAGAGGGCCUGUUCAUUUUAUUUUUUUAAGAAACGUUAAGUCUGUACAGUGGUGCUGUAAAAGACAAAGCCGAAAUGUAGACGUCGGUUAAAGACAUGUGGACGUUUGCCUUCGUUUUUAUUGUCGAGUAAUUUCACCGGAAUCAUAAUGCAUCACCAAAAGCCAUGAAUGUGAAGUGUUGGAAAGUGGACCAGCAGAACCGGAGCGACACGGUCACAGUAUAUUUUGAUAGAAUUUUUCUCUCGGUAUUAUGUCGGUAUGAUCACUCUAGCCCGACACGGAAACUGUUCCCUUACAUUCAUCCCCCCUGAAACGCGGUUGCGCUCGCACGGUCGUGGGGCCUCUUCCGUGCGCCUUUAAAAACCUGUCGUCGUCGGCGCCGACAGAGCAGGAUAAAGGUGGAAAGCCGAUUCAUUAUAGGGAAAAGCAAACGGGGAAAAUGAUAAUAAAUCCGCAUUUGCAACAAAUUGGACGUUCCCGACAACGCGCAUUUACACUACGCUGUCUCCUCACAUUAUGAACACCGACUGAAUUGAGACCACAAGUCUACAUUAUUACAUUAAAAUUCUAACUCAUGAUUUAAAACGAGAAGUUCCUCCUGUCCACGAAUCACUAUUCACUUCCACUUGUUGACUGAUUUAUGCCAUAAACACGGGCAGCCUUCUUUUUUCUUGUUAUUGAUCACCAACACUCA